UAUUUUGUACCAGUUAUAGGUUAUAUUGUAACCUCUUUACUAUGUUAUGAAUGAACGCAUCAUUUUAAUGUUUAUUUCAUUACAAAAAAUUUACUGACUGUAUUGUUAAAAUAUAUAUGUAUAUAAACUUUUUUUGGUAAAGGCAAAAUGUCUACUCGUUGGUAUCCUUUCUAUCAAGCAGGUAAUCCACAGCUUAGAAUUUUCCUUCCAAAUUUUUGGUUAAAACUUGUAACACCAGAACACAAACAACCAAGCAAUGUAGUGACAUUCCAUUGUUCGAUGGAAAUGACAAUGUUUGAUGUAAAAAAUUAUUUAGAGAAGAUCUAUGAUGUACAUCCUAUUAAAGUAAAUACUAGAAUUGCUCUUGGAAAAACAUAUAUGCCUAGAAAGUAUGUUUGUAAAGAAGAUGAUAUAAAGAUAGCUUAUGUCACUUUACCUAAGGGUCAGACAUUUACCUUUCCAACAUUAUUUCCCCCAGAGAAGGAUAAAGAUGAACAAGGGGAAAAACAAAUGGAUCAAAUACAAAAGGAAUUUAAGGAAUUUUCAAAGAAUAACAAAAUACCAGGGGUUCCUAGUUGGUUUGCAGUGUAAUAAACUUUUUUAUAUUUAGAUAUACUAUAAGUAGAAUUAAUAAGAAGAAAACAAAAACAGAUAUAUAUAUAUAUAUAUAACAAAACAUGUAAGUAUCUUAUACGUAUUCAAAACUCAGACAACAUAUGACCAAAAGAUUUGCACUGAGGACAUUGUGUAAUAUCAAACAGAAAAACAGUCUGAAAGAAAAAAAAAACAUUAUUAAAAAAACAAACAUAUAAAAAAAAUUAA